UUCCACGUCUCUCUUUCUCUGCGAUACAAAAUUGAAGUUUUAAAAGUUAACUCACAGUCGUUUACUAGAAUACAAAAUCUCGCAAAAUGGCCUCCGCAAAGUAUUCAAGAUAUCAAAUGGAUGAAUUAAGUGUUUCAAGCAGGAUAAAGCGUGAAACGUCCAAGGUUGAGCAAUGUAAAGCAAUGGAGAUAGGAUCGAAAGUUUCUUCAACGGCAAGCGAUAUUGUGAAUGAUCUGAAUUCGAUUCCUAUUGUUGGCGAGUUCCUGGGAGUCUUUACUGCAGGUAUUUCAGUGGUCUCUCAUUUAUUUUCCGGGGGAUUAGACAUAGCUCAAACAGCAGUGGACUGUGGCGAUGUGCCAUUCGAUGAAAUAAAAGAGAUCAUGAAUAGAAGAUUCAACGAAAUUGAUAGGAGGCUGGAUGAACAGACAGCAGCUUUGAGGGAGAUUAGGACGUUAGCAAAUAAAACUUUAAUUUCCGUUGAACAAACUAGACUCGAAAUGCAUGCGCGAUUCGAUGAGGUCAUAGAAACGAUCGAGAUCACCCAGGUAGAUCCGAUAAUAUCGAAAAUUAAUAAUUUCGUUCAAUAUUUCUAUACUGAAUCCGAGAGAAUAAAAGGCUUAAAUAACAAUGAUUAUGUCAAUAGGUUGGCAGAUGGAGAUGAUAACUUUUUAAAAUAUUUAUCAGACUAUAGAACACCAGAUGGAUUGCUUUCCUUCUUGCUAAAUAUCAUAAAGCUGCGAUACGCUACUCCGAAAACAUCUUACGACAAGGCUGCAUUUAAAGCUAUUGAUGCAUUAAUAUAUGGUUCGCAUACGUAUGUUACUGUUAUGUUCUUUUUGAUCGAACAAUAUGCUUAUUUGGUCAACUACUUUCUCCGUAUUAGUGACGUUGAUAACUAUAAUCGAUUCUUAAAUGGUAUGAUAAACACCUUCAAAUAUUUCAGAAGGUCUCUCAUCGGAAGAGGCAUAGCAGGAAAAGAGGAACCAUUGCUGCUUAGAGUAAUAGAGUUGCUGCAGGAAGUGAAUAACUUAGAUUUUGUGUGGGCUACAAAAGCUAGACGAUUGACGGACUCCAUCCGAUUAUUUGAAAGCAUUAAAUUAAAAGUUCAAAAUAUGACCUUACCCGCAAUAGAAGAAGAACCACAAAACUUUGUGCAAUUCUCGUUUAAAAAGAAUAUUAAAACCCCGAUCGGUGAUUGGGUAGCAGGUAAACGAGUUAGUUAUGCGGUCCAGUACAAAAGUGACGAUAAAUAUGCAAAGAUUGGAGAAUGGUCCCAUCCAGUUUUGGUUCAGGAGAGAGCUUGCCCUACUCUUAAAGUACCAAUCGAUAAGUUACGGCGCGAUAGACUCGUGUUUAGAAGAUUCUUAGGCGAAACACCGAAAUUAAUUGGGACACUUAAAAGCUAUGAAACUGAAUUCACUGAUAUUAAUAGAGAUUUCUACGAUGCUGUUGAUAGUCCUGAUAAAGAAUCAGGUAUGAGAGCUGCAACGAUUUUGUUACGAGAAGGAGCUGAUACAAAUGCGAUGUUUGAAAACGGCAGACGGGCUCUUCAUGCCGCUGCAAAAUGGGGCAAUACUGAAAUCGCCUUAAGUUUGCUCUUGGGAAAACCCUAUUCUGAGAAAAAUGCACGAGACAAAAAUGGUUUUACUCCUAUGCACGUAGCUGUAGAAGCUGGACAGGAAGAGUUUAUGAAUCUGCUAAUAAGACAUCGAUCUACCAUAGGCAUACAGUCCUAUCCUCAACUUUUGACUCCUUUGCAUUUGGCAGCCAGAAAUGGUUUUGUGAAAACAUUGGAAACUCUGUUAACAAACACGGUUGACUUGAAUGUCAAAGAUAUGUCUGGAUUCACUCCAUUGCAUAAUGCCGUUGUGGGCGGUGAACAGGUAGUAAAUAUGAUAGUAAAUACUAGAAAGGCUUCGAUUAAUGCACAGUCAAACACAAAGUUGACGCCUUUCCAUUUAGCAGUGAUAAACAACGAUAUGAAGGUAGCACAAAGUUUAAUUAACAGUAAAGAAGUUAACAUCAAUGCUGGUGAUGACAAUAAUAUGACUCCUUUGCACCAUGCAGCAAUGAUGGGGCAUUUAGAUAUGGUGAAUUAUCUUCUCGCCCUAGAAGGGAUAGAAAUAAACGAAGGUACUAAUGAUAACAAAUGGGCUCCAAUUCACUAUGCAAUAUUUUUCAGGAAAGAUAAUGUAAGCAAACGUCUAUUAGAAGACGGGAGACUUAAACUGCGAACAGUAACUAAUGGUUGGCUCACAGCUUUGCAUUUUGCAGUAACAUAUGGCAGAAAAGAUGUUCUUUUAGCAAUAAUUAAGCGUGGCGUCCUCAUAGAUCAGCAAACACAGGAAGGUUACUCAUCCCUUCACUUAGCCGCAAUGAGAGAAACACCGGACAUGCUAAAUAUUCUAAUACAGAAUAAAGCUGACAUCAAUGCUAAAACAUUUAAAAACUCAACGCCACUGCAUGAAGCUGCAUUUCGUGGAAGAAUCGAAAAUGUUCUGGUACUUCUUGAUAAAAAUGCUGAUUUACAUGCUAGAGAUGACAUGGGUAACACGCCUAUCCACAAGGCAGCUUUAAAUGGAGCAGUUUCUGUAGUAGAUCUCUUACUGAAACGUGACAAAAGUUUACUGGAACUGAAAAACCACCGCGGAGAGACUCCUCUACACAUGGCGUCUCAAAAUAUGCAUUCAGCAGUUGUUAAAUUUUUAAGAAACAAGGGUGCAAACGUUGAUGUCAGUAACAGUGAUGGAGAAACACCGAUACAUAUGUAUGCUAAAGGAGGACAGUUACACAUGAUUGAGUACCUGAUCAGUAAUGGUGGGGGCCUUUAUGUGACUGACUCACGGACUAAUGAUUUCAUGUAUUAUGCCAUUCAAAAUGGACAUAUUGAUGUAGUUAAAUAUGGCUUUGAGAGAGAAAGGUACAUAUACGACGCGCUAGUUAAAACACAUAUUCCACCUCGUUGUCCCAAGUCAUGUCCAUGGGUUUUUUGCGAUGCAAAUCAGUUCGAUCAACUGGAAAUGAUCAAAUAUUUUUUUGAUAAAAUAAAUCCAAAAGAUUGCGUGCUGUUAAACGAAGCAGCUCUUUAUGGGCACUUAGACAUAGUUAAAUAUUUCAUUCAAGAAAGAAAUGCUAAUAUUGAGAAGGAAUCGCCCACCGCUUACCCACCACUUUGCUCUGCUGCGCAGUCCGGACAUUUGCAUAUCGUAAAAUAUAUGAUAGAAAAAGAUGCCAGUGCCAAAGGUGAAUGCGGAUCUUCAGGAUUUUUGAAUCGAGCUACCCAAGCUGAAGUGGACAGUGAAACUAGAGUAGAAAUUAUUAAGUUGUUAGUAAUGAAGGGAGCUGAUAUAAAUCAUAGAGACGAAGGAGGCCAACUACCUAUACAUCAUGCCAUAUUCUUGAGGGAUUUGGUUACCGCGGAUUAUUUUAUAGAAGACUUGGGUGUUUCAGUGAACGAACCAACAGCUAAUAAGUUACGUAAUACACCCUUACACAUGGCAGUCCAACAUGAAUAUUUCGAUGUUGUUAAGUAUCUCGUUGAGAAAGGCGCCGAUAUGAAUGCAAAAAAUAAUAAGAAUGAAACUCCUUUUGACAUAGCUCUCGGUUUGAAAUCGUUUGUAAUAGGUAAUUACUUGAAAUCAAAAAUGAAUCGCUCCCCACGAAAUUUAGCAGCGAGCGUUUUAAAUAAUACUAAUUUUAAUACCGGGCCUUCAAACUUCAUUGAAGAAAAUGACCAUAACUCAUUUCUUCAAGGGGAUAAUAAAAGAGAUAAAACCUUUCACAGAAUUUCGAACUUUAAUUCACUUCAGGAUUUUGACGUAAUUGGGACUUUGCUUUUGUUAAACGUAUUUGUAAGAAAGUUUACAGGUGAAAAAUAUAUUAAUACAGCAAACCAAACUAAUUUUGAAGAUGAUUCCACAGUUGAAGGUUUGAGGAUUACUGAAAAUCUCCAGCGUUUUUUGAAUAGUAGACCCACUGUCUUACCUGAAGAGAAAAUUGAUUUUUAUGAUGUAUAUUCAAGUAUAAAAAGAGCAAUGGCAAAUGGUAGCAACUCUAAGCUGCACAAAAUCUUGUGUAGAUUUGUAGAAGAGUAUGACAUGCUUACUCCGGAGGAAAUUCAAGAGCUUUUGAAUGUCCAUAUUGGGAAAGAAAGAAUACAGUUCUUUAAAAAGGCAAUUUCCUUAAAGAGCAAUUCAUUUAUAAAUCUGUGGCACUCAGCUACGGAAACCUGCUUCACUGUAGACCGUACUACGAAAUCUCUUGAUAUGUGAAGUUCUGUAGCUGAACUCUAUUCAGUUACUGAAAUAGAGGUUACGACGAGGUUGAGCAAUAUAUUAAGGCUGAUCUUAAACUAAUCAACUGUCGUGAAUCUGUAGCUGUUAUUUAUAAUUGACAAGUUUUGUCCAACUUUAUUGAAAUAAAACCAGUAGCCUCCAAAAAUAUGAAGCCAAAUGUCAAAAGUAAGAAAAGUCUGCUUGUAGAAAAUUAAAACUAAUUUUUUAUUUCACUGUAUUGUAUGGGCUCAUAAGAAUAUGUGAUAUUUUCGAAUUCAUUAUUGAUUUCAAUAAAUUUCUUUUAGGUAAUAGAAUUUUA